AAAAAGACAUUCAUAUAGCAGUUAUCCACAAGCAGAGUUCAGCUUCACAACCUCUCAUGGCUUCUACUGUUCAUUGCAUUCUCUUAUGCACUCUCCUCUUUGUUGAAGCCGCCUCCUCCGUCGCCAAAACAACUUUUCGGCCUAAUGGGCUACUUCUUCCUGUCACCAAAGACUCUUCAACCCGUCAAUACCUUACCCACAUUAACCAAAGGACUCCUUUUGUACCAGUACGCUUCACCAUCGACCUCGGUGGCAAGUUCCUAUGGGUAGACUGCAACCAAAGCUAUGUCUCUUCCAGUUACCGUCCAGCCCGUUGCAAAUCUGCUCAAUGCUCACUUGCUGGGGCUUUAUAUUGUGAUGAUUUUGUAUCUUGCAAUCGUGGCCCGGGGUGCAUCAACAACACCUGUGGCCACUUUCCAUUUAACACGGUGACUCGCGAAGCCAUGAACGGUCAGAUCGGGACAGACGUCUUGUCCAUCCAAUCGACGAACGGGAAGAACCCCGGUCCGGUUGUGUCCGUGUCCAAGUUUGUCUUUGCCUGUGCCUCCCAAAUAAUCUUGGGAGGUCUUGCUAGUGGUGUCAAGGGUAUGGUUGGCUUAGGAAGGUCCAAAGUCGCUCUUCCUUCCCAAUUCGCCUCAUCUUUUAAAUUCGACCGGAAAUUCGCCAUUUGCUUGAGUGCUUCAACAAGUUCUAGCGGUGUUGUAUUGUUUGGUGAUGGACCAUUUGUGUUCCUUCCUCGUAUUGAUGCAUCAAGCUCUCUGACCUACACCACGCUUAUCAUCAACCCCGUGACUGAUGAAGCGGUUGCUGCUAAAGGCGAGCCCUCAUUUGAAUACUUCAUUGGAGUAAAAUCUAUCAAGAUCAAUGAAAAAGCCGUCUCUAUAAAUUCUUCACUGUUGUCCAUUAACAGUAAAGGCUAUGGUGGAACAAAGAUAAGCACUGUCAGUCCUUACACAGUCAUGGAGACUUCAAUUUACAACGCUGUGGUUAAAGCUCUCAUCAACAACCUGUCAAAUGUGGCUAGAGUUGCCUCCGUGGCACCUUUCGGGGCAUGCUUUAGCUCAAAGAACAUUGGUAGCACGCGUGUUGGCCCGGCUGUGCCUCAAAUUGAUCUCGUGUUGCAGAGUAAAAGUGUGUACUGGAGGAUCUUCGGCGCAAACUCGAUGGUGCAAGUAAGUAAAGAUGUGUUGUGUCUUGGGUUUGUGGAUGGUGGCAUAAACCCUAAAACUUCAAUAGUGAUUGGAGGACAUCAAAUUGAGGACAAUCUUUUACAAUUCGAUCUCGCAAGAUCCAGGCUUGGAUUCAGCUCUACCCUACUGUUCCGACAAACAACAUGUGCCAACUUCAACUUUACAACCAGUGCUUAGAUCGAUGCUUAAUUUCGAUCAGAACUUAAUCAUAUUACUAUAUAUGUGGUAUAUAAACGUAUGAUCGAUUGUGUAUUUUUAUGAGAUUAAUAAGUGACAAUGAUUCCUAGAGAUGGCCAGCAA